UUCACUGCGGAAAGGAUCGAUCAGAGUUCUAUAUCGCCGUCAAAUAAAACCACUGGCCGCGGCGCCGGCACGCCAUUCAAUUGUGUAACUUGCGCUGUGUCGGACGUGCGCGUGCGGUCGCUACUUAUACAGAUCUUAUCACACGACAUGGCUCGAGGAGAAGGGUUCCGAGUGCUCCUGCACGUGUUAAAUGGUGUCAUGGUGGUGCUGGCGCUGGCGCUCGCUUCCGCCGCAAUCUGGUUCUUCUGCCAGGUGUACGAGUUCACCAGCCUGAGGAACAGUAAUCACUAUCUUCUCGACUACAAGCUAUACUGGCCCCAGGCUAUACCCUGGAUCUUCCUCAUCGUCAGUGUCAUAGUGUUGUGCGUAACCUCGUGCGGUUUCUCCGGCGUUAAAAAGAGCAGUCGCGGUCUGCUAACAGUUUACAUAAUCUGCAUGUCUGUUGUUGUGUUGUUGCUGAUUACCGCCGCGGUGAUAUCUCUCGUGUUCGCCGACAACAAGUCCACGGAUGACUUCGUGAAGGAUACCGUGUGGGACGUGUACUUCCAGGCAAAGACGGACAACGAAGUCGCGACGUCCUUCGGUACUAUCGAGCGCAAGCUGCAUUGUUGCGGCGCUGACAGCCCCCGCGACUACAAGAACUGGAAGGCUGAGUUUCCCAUGUCCUGUUGCGACGUCUACUACCACGGCUUCCUCGACCUGACCCGACCCAUCAUGGAGUGCGAGUUCACCAACAAGCUGGCCAACGAGCGAUACGGGUGCUCGACGGUGGCCGCGCAGUACGCCAGAAUCGCUAUCAAGGUGAUGUCGGCGGGAGCGAUAUUUAUCGCGUUCAUUGGCCUGAUCGCCGUCGCCAUCGCCGCUGGCCUGUACAAGGCGCUGGCGAACAAGCCACCUCCGAUGGUCGUCCAGUACGAAUCCGAGAGCAAAAAGGUUCUAUUGUAAAGACUCUAAGUAAAGAUCUGAUGUGUUACUUGUCAGUGAUCGUAUGCCAAUGAUUUCGAUUGGCCGACCGUCAAUAUGACGUCACUUCACCUUUUAUAUGGUAGUUUUGUUACUUUGGUCCAGCGCGUGUGUGUGCAGCAUGCGAAUCUAGUCUUUAUCGACGAAUACGUAGAUUGAUAUAAGGCGGGAAAUCGCGUGUUACAGUUGGGACCAAAUUUUGCAAUAUUUGUAAGUAUUUAUUGACACACCUUAGUGCUACUUAUUAUAAGAAUGUGACCUUCUUCUUAAAGAUGUUUUUAUAAAACUAUCACUUAUAUAACUUUGGAAUCAGUGACCAAGUAGAUAAGAAAUAUUGCAAUUAUUAGAAUUAAGAUAUUGUUAAAUAAUUUCCCGCCGAUGAAAUGUUUUUCCCUUCUCAUUGAGGAGAAAGCGAAUAACUUCUCAUGGUUAUUGAAUAAUCGAUGUCAAAAUGAUUGUAUUUCAAAGUGUUAAUUUUUAAAUAGUAUCCGAUUUACGACUUUGUUAUAUAAUUAACAAUUACACAGAUAUGUUGUAAUAGCAAAUAA